CAAGAGUUUCUACGCUUGUAACACAUGCGAAAUUUGCUUUGUUGUUGUCCAACAUGGACAGCAAGGGAGUAGCAGAUUCUCCGCAGAAACCCAACGUUGCCAGUUCUGUACAGCUUCCCAGCCAUGCAUCAAUGUGUCACAAGGUUCAAUAUUGCAUCAACCCUCCCAGAAAUUGGGUCCUUCGCAGCCAAACCUUAGUUCUUUGCAGCCAAACCUUAGUUCUUCGCAGCAACCCAUGCCAUUGGGUUCUUUGAAGCAAUCCAGCCUGGUCAGCAAGGUGGAACCCAGUACUAUGCACCAAGACCGAAGCCUUAAAAUGUCCAAUGACAAUGUGCUGGUGAGUCAUAUUCUGGGAACCCAUAAUCCACAUGGCCAAGAAGUUUAUGCCAAACCACUUCUCGGCCUUGUCGCAAAAAUUCUUAGUCUUGGGCCUCAUUGCGAUCUCAGUCCUGACACCCCCAUUAUAACGGAUGCUCCCUUGCUUGAGAAGCUCCAAACUGCUAAAAAGGAUGCUACCUUGCUUGAGACACUGUUGUAUACGAUCGACCAAACUACUAAUAAGGAUGUUCCAUUGCUUGAGAAGCUUGAAAUUGCUAAAAAGGAUGCUGCCUUACUCGAGACACAGUUGUCUACGAUCAACCAAAUUACUAAUAAGGAAGCUGCCUUGCUUGAGACGCUGUUGUAUACAAUCGACCAAACUGCUAAUAAGGAUGUUGCCUUGCUUGAGAGGCUGUUGAAUACAAUCGACCAAACUGCUAAAAAGGAUGCUCCCUUGCUUAAGACGUUGCUUUAUAUGAUCGACCAAAUUUCUAAUGAGCUAGCUUACAUGGCUUCGAGUGGCACGAAAGAACAUAUAACGACAGUCACAAUAUUUAACAUGCUAGCAAACUAUAAAUGGGGUGAUAAGUUGGUACUGACGCUCUUCGCUUUUGCUUGGAACUAUGGACAAUUCGAUGCUCAAACUGAGCACGGUGCACCAUUGAAACCCAAGCUCAAUAUACUUAAAGAUCUAAUCGGGACGGCAUUGGAAGUAACCCAUUGUGUCAUUGAGUUUAAUGAACUACCAUCCAAGUAUAUCACAAUGGAGGUACCAGCAUUAUCCUCUGCCAUGGACCAGAUUCCAAGUGCUGCCUAUUGGACUGUCAGGAGUAUCGUGGGCUGCACAUAUCAAAUUGUUAGCUUCACUAGCAAGCGCUACGAGUUUGCGUUAUCCACCACAGAAGCAUGGGAGCCAUCCACCCGGGCUCUCAAGCUCAAAACCAUACUUGAAGAUCUUAGGAAGAAGAUGAAAGAGUGCAUUCAAUACAUUGAGAAGAUGAGGGAUAUUGAGUCUUAUCAAAUGCUUGUCGAUCUCUUUAAAAUAAACCAAAUUGACAACAUGAAGGCUCUCAAGGCCCUGAUUUGCCCUAGGGAUGAUGUGCAGGUGCUUGUUGAUGGUAACACCAAGAAAAGGGUUAACCUCGAUGUUCUUAGGAAGAAGAAUGUGCUAUUGCUCAUUUCAAGUCUACAUAUCUCUGAAGAUGAGCUAAUGAUUCUUAAUCUAAUUUAUAACGAGUCUAGGGUCCUUGAAAUGAGAUCUCAGAGUCCGUAUGAGAUUGUGUGGAUUCCCAUUGUGGACCAGUUAACUGAUGUCAGACAAAGGUAUUUUGAGUUGCUGCGGGCUCAAAUGACAUGGUACUCAGUGUACCACCCUUCCAUAAUAUCCACGGCAUCCGUCAAGAUCAUCAGGGAGGAGUGGCACUUCAAGGACAAGCCUAUCCUUGUAGUCCUAGACCAUCAAGGGAGAGUGGUGUCCCCCAAUGCAAUUCACAUGAUGUGGAUUUGGGGAAGCCAUGCUUUCCCUUUCACUACCUUGAGAGAAGAAGAUCUUUGGAGAGAAGAGGCUUGGAGGCUAGAGCUGCUGGUGGAUGGCAUUGAUGCAACCAUAUUGAACUGGAUUAAAGAAAGAAAAUACAUUUUCGUGUAUGGAGGGGAUGACAUGGAGUGGAUUCGGAAAUUUACAAAGGAAGCAAAAGCAGUUGCAGCGACUGCACGCAUACCCUUAGAGAUGGUGUAUGUAGGAAAAGCCACAAAAAAGGAGCAAGUGAAGCGAGUGAUAGCGAACAUUGUACAGGAAAAACUCAGUUACUGCUGGCAAGACCCAGCCAUGAUAUGGUUCUUUUGGAUGCGGCUUGAGAGCAUGCUGUUCUCAAAGUUUCAGCUAGGCAAGGAUGAGGAACACGACCUUAUGAUGCAACAAAUCAAGAGGGUGCUUAGCUUUGACAGAGAAGGCACAUGGGCAGUGCUUAGCAGAGGGUCUAGUGUGUUGGUUAAUGAGCAUGGAAACAUUCUCUGGUCUGCCUUGUUUGAGCAUGAUCAAUGGAAAGAAAAUGUGCCACUGCAGGGUUUUGACGCUGCUUUUCAAACCUAUGUUGCCACGCUUCGUGGUAAUUCUCACCCUUGUUGCCGCUUUGAGUUCUCUCACAAUGCUGGAAAAAACCCAGAAAGCAUGAAGUGUCCUGAGUGCCACCACUACAUGGAGAAAUACACCACUUUCCUCUGCUGCCACGAUGAAGGCAUUGUUCCAAGCUUACUUGCACUAAGUACUACCAAUACUUAAACCCACUAGCAUUUUCCUUAAUGAAUAUAGCAGCUAUAUGCUUAUGUUGCUGGUUCUAAAUAAGAGAACAAUGUAAAUAAAUAAAUAAAUAAAAAAUAUAUAUAUAUAUA